UGAUGCCAGCUGUACAUCAGAGAUGGACAACGUACUGACUAAACUAGUUUCUGGGAGGCUCAGCACCUACGCUGCAAUCAUUCUGAUGUUUACCUACAGUCUUUUGCUGGACAGGGACUUCGAAUGCACUUGCAAACAACAAGACCUGGACUGCUAUGUUUACCUGUUUCUGCCAGUUGUUAUAAUAUUUCUCUUGAUACUCUCGACAGACAGGCCAUUUCAGGCAGUCUGUAAAUUUGUGUGUUCAUGUCCAUUUGGAUGCUGUGGAAGCUGUGAAUGCUGUAGCUGCAGUCACAGGGAAGCCACAGGUUUUAGAUUUUGCUGCCAGCCGUACAUGAUCAGGUUAUGUUGCUCUUCCAUUUGUAAGCUCCUUAAAGCAGCUUUAUUCGGUCUGCUUUGGGUUGCUUUUGUGUUAGUCGAUGGAGACUGGUAUGUUUGUUGUAAGAGUAAUCAGUCUGAGCAAGAGAAACAGGUAGCCUGCAAAAACAAGAGGAAUCUCACUGAUAACGACCAAGUCAUCAUCGCUGAACUGAUAAACGAGUCCAGGGUUAUUGGUGGAUUUUCACUCUUUGGGAUCCUUUUGCUGACAUUCAUUACGCCAUUGUUUGGAAGGAGUACAUGCUGUAGAAAAUCAAGUCAUUGCAACAGAAAAGUUCUGUAUGCCAAAAUGCUUUUGGAGGAGGAGGGGAAAGUUCUGAAAGAGAUGCUGAGGGAAUCAGCAAAAGAAGAUUUGACCAACAAAUUCAAGGACAAAAUACAUAGAAAACAAUGGGAAGAGUGUUUUGAUGUUGUCGAAGACCUGAUUAAAUCUGCUGAGGAGCCACAAACAACAGAAACCCAGGGGGAAGACCAGGAACCGACAGAGAGGCAGCCGCUUCUGUCGAACGAGGAGCCAGGUCCAUCAAGCGACCCAUAAAUGCUGGCAGACUUUGAUGGUUUACACAACAAAGUGUUGAGAAAUUCUACGUGAGCUUUAUUCAGAAAUAAUACUGAGCUUUAAUCUGUAACUGAACUGUUUAUCAGAGACGCAGCUGCAGUUUAUUUGCUUUUCUAAUUCAUAAGGCAUGGCAAGUUUAUAAGUUUAUAUGUAUAGCACAUUUCAACAACAAGGCAAUUCAAAGUGCUUUACAUAAAAGCAACAAAAGGAAAUUGAAAAAAUAAAACACAUUAUGAAAAACGGGGUAAAA